AUGACAGAGUACGACAAGUCCAACGUUACAGUUGAAGAUGCCGCGUACAUUGAGCACAAGAGCCCACGCGAUGACUCACAGAGUGACGCGGACGUUAACGAUGCGUCGGGAAGCCACGAUCACGCCCUAACACGCAAAAUCGAUCUUAACCUCUUGCCCUGGCUAUGCUUGCUCUAUCUCGCCUCGUUCCUGGACCGAACCAACAUCGGGAACGCAAAGGUUUUUGGCCUCCAGGAGGACUUGAAGAUGACGGACGGGCAGUGGCAGGCGUCGUUGGCAAUCUUCUUCGUCUCCUACUCCAUCUUUGAGCCGGUCAGCAAUGUUCUGCUCAAGAAGCUGAGACCCAGCGUAUACCUGCCUACCCUCGUCUUGGGAUGGGGUAUCGUCACCGUUUGUCAAGGAGUUGUGCACAACUUUGCAGGGCUUGCCGCGUGUCGAUGGUUUCUGGGUAUGCUGGAAGCAGGCCUAUUUCCUGGAUGUCAAUUCUACCUGUCAUGUUGGUAUCGACGUCACGAAUUCGGCCUGCGCUCAUCCCUGUUCUUCGCAUCGGCUGCCCUCGCUGGGUCCUUUGGUGGACUCCUCGCCGUCGCUAUCACGCACAUGGAUGGUAUUGGUGGAAGACCGGGCUGGGCAUGGAUAUUCAUCAUCGAAGGGCUGGCUACUGUGGUCAUCGGAAUCAUGUCUUACUUCAUGAUUCACGACUUUCCGGACCAGUCGACUCGGUUCCUCACUUCCGCGGACCACGCAAGACUCAUCCGACGACUAAGAGAGGAUGGACAGGCCAGUGCUGAACACGAAAGCUUCCGGUGGGAGUACCUAAGGGCUUGUCUUACAGACUGGAAAACGUAUACCUCAAGCAUUAUUUACAUGGGGUGCGGAGGCGGUCUGUAUGCGUUCAGCCUGUUUCUUCCAACGAUACUGGUCGAGAUGGGCUACGAAGCCAACACUGCACAACUGAUGUCCGUUCCACCGUACGCAGCAGCGGCAAUAGCAACUAUUCUCGUGGGCUAUCUUGGAGACCGCACCAAGCGUCGAGGCAUCUACGCCAUUUAUAUCGCACCUCUAGGCAUGAUUGGCUUCGCGAUCCUCCUCACCGACGUCCCGGCCGCCGGCAAGUACGCAGGCACCUUUCUGGCUGCGGUGGGAAUAUAUCCCCUCAUCCCUAACACCAUCUGCUGGUUGGCUUCGAACACGGAAGGCGUCUACAAAAGGGGUAUUACUCUCGGCAUCACCAUGGGCUGGGCCAAUCUGCAAGGCUGUGUCGUAUCGAAUGUCUACCGGGCUGGGGAUGCUCCGCGGUUUUUGCCGGGACAUGGUGUCAUUCUCGGAUACCUGACGCUCUUCCUAUUUGGAGGGUCGUGCUUGCAUUACCUGCUGCUAUGGCGCGAGAACCGCUUGAGGGUGAAUGGGGAGCGGGAUCAUUGGGUCCAUGGGAAAUCUGCUGCGCAGGUUGCGUUGCUUGGCGAUAGAAGGCCAGACUUCAUCUACACGCUGUGA